AUGCUGAUUUACAAUGCGACAAUGGUAUUUCAGCAGCUAGAACGCGCUAUCACAUAUAUAAUCCUCACUUAUAGGAGUACUAUCGCUCUAGAUACUAUACAUUUAGAGGUCUCAAAUGUUGCGGCGAUGGGCAGGUAUAAAGGGAAAAGUGACUUGGAGAAAAAAAGAGAAUUCUAGGAUGCUGCAAUACGAAUUAAGCGGCACAAUUGAUUGGUGGUCAAGUUCUUUUAUUUUUCGUCCACCCACCAUGCAUCACCCUCCAUCAACCUCCCACAAAAUCAGUAUUAGCAGCAUCCAACAUCAAAAAGAAAAAAUGAACAACCA